GUCAGAUACAUAAGAUGGAGGAUUCUUCAGAACAUUCCCACUGGGAGAGCCCAUCCUUGCUCACCUCAGACCCUCUGUCCAGUUUCUCCUCAGAGGGGGGUCUGCUGCCCCCUGGAGAUGAGGGCGAGUCCUUCUUCUCUGCCUCUGACUCUGACUACAUUCUGCCCUCCUUCUUCAACAGCACCACCCGACCCUCAUCCACCUACAGACAUAACCCGGUGCGGCAGGUGUUCAGCUCCCCGAGUCUCUUCAGCAACCUGCAGCUGUUAGAUGGUCCAAGCAGUCAUUCCCUGAGCUCAGCCUACCCUCCCUCCUCCAGCUGGAGCAGCAAUACUCUGUCUAAAACACAGCCCAGUGUGUCUCUGUACAGCCCGGGCCUCCCCUCGUCCUACUGUGCGUCUCCAGGCAGAGAGGGCUGUGAAAGCCCCCGACUGCAUGACGCCCUGAAAGCUGAGCGCUCCAGCCCUCUGGGGGGUUCUGUGGUCACCAGCAGUUUUAUGAACCUGACCCCCGCACCAAGCAGUGUGUACACUCCAGCCUCACACCACAUGCUAAAUGCUUACAGCUCAUACAUGACCCCCCCUCAAGACUUCAACUCCACAGGCCUGUACACCAACCCCGCCUGGAUCAAUCCCUCCUACUCCCCCAAACUACGCAGCAAACUUCGGGUGUCCACACCAGAGGCCAGAGAAUGUGUGAACUGUGGGGCCACAGCCACCCCCCUAUGGCGACGUGAUGGGACAGGCCACUACCUGUGCAACGCCUGUGGACUGUAUCACAAGAUGAAUGGCCAGAACCGACCUCUGAUCCGGCCAAAGAAAAGACUGAUUGUGAGCAAGCGAGCAGGGACUAUUUGUGCCAACUGCCACACCAGCACCACGACACUAUGGAGGCGGAAUGCCAACGGUGAACCUGUGUGCAACGCCUGUGGCCUCUACUUUAAACUGCACAAUGUCAACCGCCCCUUGACUAUGAAAAAAGAUGGGAUUCAAACUCGCAACAGGAAGGUGUCCAGCAAGAACAAGAAGAGUAAGAAGGCGGCCAUGAUGGAGUCAUACUCAGAGAUGCCCCAUCCAUCUCAUCUGGAGGAGAGUGGGCCCUUCUCUAUAGCCCCUGGAACUCUGCUAACAUACAGUCACUCAUCACACCUCAUCUCGGCCCCACCCGCCCUGCACCCGCCCGGAGCCCUGCCGUACACUCACCAUCUGAGCUCAGGCAUAGUGCCCACACUGGUGUAACGCUCAGCACGGCUCAGUCUGAUGCAAGAGCAAGUGCUACGUCCUAACAGGGAACUCAGAGGACAAUCUGAGGACACCUAAGCAAUUGCGAUGUAUUUUUUCUCUUAUAUUUCUAACUAUUGCUGCCCAAUGCUCAAUAAAAGGUUUGAAUGUAUUUUUCCAGUCCUUGUAAUAUUACCGUUUUAUAACUCAUUUCAGGUAUUAUACCUGCUGACAUGAUGGGACAUAAAUGACCUGAUUGCCAUAGAUCUUGUAAAAUAGAGGCAGAUUUCUCAACUGGAGCAUGUUGAAAAAUAUUGUUGUUCCAUCUCCUCAUCCUGAGUAGACUGAACCAGUGGUUCCCAAACUUUUUUUUACCAGCGACUCAUAUUUUACCCGUGGAUAUGUUGGCGACCCCACAUCAUUCUCCUGUCGGACACGUUACGGUCUUAUAAGCAAAUAUCUGAUUAAUUUCUGAUAAAUAAAGAUGUUAUAGAACAGUAGAGUAUAAAAUACUUAACAGAAGCACUUCAAAUUCAAAAUCAUCAUUAAAAUUCACACAAUUUAGUCUGGACCUCUUUUCUAGGAACCCCUGAGGACCCCUUGACAAUCUUUGGGGACCCAAAUUUGUGUCCCGGCCCCUAGGAUGGGAAUGACUGGAUUAUAGGAUCUGCUUUUGUCUUCUGUAUACUUGUGUUGAAAUUGCCAUCUAAUACCUUGUACGAUAAAAACUUUCUUUCUGUUUCACUAAUUAUCUUGUACUCAUGGGUUUGGAGACUGUUAAGUGAGUGAGACUGAUCUAUCCCUCGUGCUGCUGUUUCCUUUUUACACUGAAGUAUUGCUUUAUAUUAUUAUUUUUUUUGUAUUGGGGACGUUUCCUGAUUGUAAAGUCAAUAAAAUGUGUGCAGCUUGGAGAAGACAAUUG